AUGGCCACUCCGGAGGCUCCAGAACCCGAUAUGGACUCCCCGAAUGAUUGUUCGGGUGCUUUAUUCUCGUGUUUGGAUGUUACAGAACCCCUAAAUUCGGAUACAUUUGGAACUGAGCUAUCGACCACAGACACGCCAAACGUAUCGCCGAAUAUAUUCGACAAUGUUAUGAAUCACUCGCAGUCUUCCAGCCCCGAGCUUCAGCUGACUUCAUUCUUGGCGAUGGGGCUAUCAGAAGAAUAUCUUCACGAAAACGAGCAUGUUAACGAGGACAAUCGAGGCUCUUUGGAGGCCCUUUGGUCUAACUUAGGUCUCUUUGGGGAGUAG